AUGGAUAUAAAACAAACGAGUUUGGAAAAAACAAAUCAAAAUAUGGAUAAUGACGUCAAUAACGUGAGCAACAGCGAAGAUGACGAAUCGUUCGAAGAAGCUUUAACGGAUCCAUUUUUCGAUAAUAUAAUACAAAAUAAUAAUAAAAGCAAUCAUUGUUUUGGUGAUUUAAAAAAAGAUUUGAAUAAAAAAAACGCGGGAACUUUAACCACGGAAUUCGAUAUGGAAACAUCAUGGAUAGCCAAACUAGCAGAAGAUAUUAAAUUAAAGGUAUUUCAAAUGUAA